AUGGUUUAUCUGGAGCUCUUCAGUGGUGGACUUUCGGAAUCCAGCGCCGUCGCAAAGAUCCGCGCCUGCGCAGUGGCGCCCCGCGCGGACUUUCCUUCCCACGACCUUCCAUCCCGCGCCUGCGCAUUAAGACCGCAGGCCAGCAAGACUACAAGGGACUCUAACCUCGGGGUUUCCCUGGCGCUGGCUGGCGACCGGGUAGCCCGGAGAGUUGUGGGUGGGCGCACCCGGAGACCACGUGGCGGGCGUCCGCCAAUCAGCGCGCAGACCGCACUUUGCGGCUCGGCUUCAAACAAACUACCGUCAGGCGAGAGCGGCCUGUGGGGCCCCGCCCCCUCGCCUGGGUCUGGGGCCCCGCGAGACGGCGGGCGGGUGGGGGCGCCGAGAGCGGGGGCGGGGCGCAGUGCCAAUGGGCGGGGGCGAGGGCGAGGGGCGGCCCAGCAGGCGGGGAGGGGGGAGCCCGCGGCCGGGGGACGCGGGGGGAGGAGGGGGCGGGCUCCCAAUCCGGUUCCAUCCGGUUCUCCCACCACCCCCGCCGCGGGUCUCAGCAGCUCGGGCGGCGGGAGGAGCGGCAGCGGUCAGGCUACUCCGCUUCGCGAAGGCUCUCGGCGCGCCGCGGCCCUCAGGCACCCGGCUCUCGCCCGCCCCGUCGCCACGAUGCCCAAGAGGAAGGUCAGCUCCGCCGAGGGGGCAGCGAAGGAGGAGCCCAAGAGGAGGUCGGCGAGGUUGUCAGCUAAACCGGCUCCUGUAAAAGUGGAAACGAAGCCAAAAAAGGCGGCGGGAAAGGAUAAAUCUUCAGACAAAAAAGUGCAAACAAAAGGGAAAAGAGGAGCAAAGGGAAAACAGGCGGAAGUGGCCAACCAGGAGACUAAAGAAGACUUACCUGCAGAAAAUGGAGAGACUAAAAACGAGGAGAGCCCAGCCUCUGAUGAAGCAGAAGAGAAAGAAGCCAAGUCUGAUUAAUAACCACACACCGAGUUCCUGUCAGUGGUCCCUGUUUCCCUUCUUGUACAAUCCAGAGGAAUAUUUUUAUCAACUAUUUUGUAAAUGCAAGUUUUUUAGUAGCUCUAGAAACAUUUUUAAAAAGGAGGGAAUCCCACCUCAUCCCAUUUUUUAAGUGUAAAUGCUUUUUUUUAAGAGGUGAAAUCAUUUGCUGGUUGUUUAUUUUUUGGUACAACCAGAAAAUAGUGGGAUAUUGGAUACGGGAGGCUUUGAUUGUCUUGGGUGUCAGCUUAACAUUCCAUAGAUGGGGGUAGCUUUUAUAUCCUGUAACACAAAAGCAUACUAAAUGACAGUUGGAGUCAGUUGUGCAUUUAAUGUCUUGAACACUUUAAAUUACUUCUCUUCCCAUAUUGUUUUGGUAGAAUUAUUUCCUACAGCAAACCACUUUUUGAUCUUGGCUCUCCUGGUCAGAAUUUUGUGCACUAUACUAUAACAUCUUUGGUCGUGGUAGUCCAGUUUUCCUAGUAACUUGGUUAAUGUGCUGUGAACGAUUGACAGUUUGGGUAUGUAGUGUAUAUGAUAUUAAAUUGUGAAUCAGUGGGACUUAUGAUGUAACAACGUAUCAAUAUUUGAAGAUAUUGGUACUUGAUAUCAUGUUAAGAAAAGUUUGCUCCAAAUUUUAAGCUGGAAAGUCACUGGAAUAACUGUUAAGAAUAAUAACUACAUGAUAUUUUAGAUUUUUGGUACAUAUGUGAAGAAUUGUGUACAAAUGGAAAUGUCUGUGUAGUGAUCCUCAAAACAACCAAUAAAAUCUCAGUUAUAAAAGAA